AUGUCUUCCCCGACGAUGCUCACUAAGUUUGAGUCCAAGUCCUCCCGGGCUAAGGGCAUUGCGUUUCACCCGAAACGGCCAUGGAUCCUCGUGUCGCUUCAUUCCUCCACUAUCCAGCUAUGGGACUACCGCAUGGGCAUGCUGAUUGACCGCUUUGAGGAACACGAUGGCCCCGUCCGUGGCAUUGAUUUCCACAAGACGCAGCCGCUUUUCGUGUCCGGAGGAGAUGAUUACAAGAUCAAGGUCUGGAGCUACCAGACUCGCAGAUGCCUGUUUACGCUCAAUGGGCAUUUGGACUACGUGCGGACUGUUUUCUUCCACCAUGAACUCCCCUGGAUCUUGUCUAGUUCCGAUGACCAAACCAUCCGAAUUUGGAACUGGCAGAACAGGUCUCUCAUCUGCACAUUGACCGGCCAUAACCACUACGUGAUGUGCGCGCAAUUCCACCCCAAGGAGGACCUCAUUGUUUCGGCGUCGUUGGACCAAUCUGUUCGUGUCUGGGAUAUCUCCGGCCUCCGAAAGAAACACUCCGCCCCGACCUCUCUGACUUACGAGGAUCAAAUGGCCCGAGCCAGCGCAAACCAGGCAGACAUGUUUGGGAACACAGAUGCAGUGGUCAAGUUUGUGCUGGAGGGCCACGACAGGGGUGUGAAUUGGGUGUCUUUCCAUCCAACUCUGCCAUUGAUUGUUUCGGCCGGUGACGACAGACUUGUUAAACUGUGGAGGAUGAGUGACACGAAGGCAUGGGAAGUCGAUACCUGUCGCGGCCAUUUCCAGAAUGCUUCUGCCUGUCUCUUCCAUCCGCACCAAGACCUUAUCCUGUCCGUCGGCGAAGACAAGACCAUCCGGGUCUGGGAUCUUAACAAACGGACCUCCGUUCAGUCGUUCAAGCGAGACCUCGAUCGGUUCUGGGUGAUCGCGGCGCAUCCGGAGAUUAAUCUGUUUGCCGCUGGUCACGAUACCGGUGUGAUGGUGUUCAAGCUGGAAAGAGAGCGCCCGGCAUCCACUGUGUACCAGAACCAGCUCUUCUACAUCACUAAGGAGAAGCACGUCAAGUCUUACGACUUUACAAAGAACACUGAAUCUCCUCCCAUGCUGUCAUUGCGAAAACUGGGUGCACCCUGGGUCCCAGCACGAACGCUUUCAUACAACCCUGCUGAGCGGGCGAUUCUUGUCACCUCCCCGGCCGACGGUGGGACAUACGAGCUUAUCCACCUCCCCAGGGACGCUACCGGCGCUGUCGAGCCAACCAAUCAGAAGCGGGGUCAGGGUACAUCUGCCGUCUUCGUUGCGCGAAAUCGAUUUGCUGUGUUCAACCAGCCCAGCCAGACCGUGGAUAUCAAGGACUUGAGCAACUCCACGACCAAGACGAUCAAGCCACCGGCGGGUACAACAGACAUCUACUUUGGCGGAACAGGAUGCCUGCUCUUUAUCACCCCCACGUCAGUGGUGCUGUUCGAUAUCCAGCAGAAGAAGCAGUUGGCCGAGCUGGCUGUCAGUGGCGUGAAAUAUGUCGUCUGGUCGAAUGACGGUCUUUACGCAGCCUUGCUGAGCAAACACAAUGUGACCAUUGUCACCAAGACGCUCGAACAAGUGAGCACUCUACAUGAGACGAUCCGUAUCAAGAGUGCUACCUGGGACGAUGCUGGCGUGCUCCUCUACUCCACCCUGAACCACGUCAAAUACUCCCUGCUUAACGGCGACAAUGGUAUUGUCCGGACCCUUGACCAGACUUUGUACCUCGUUAGAGUCAAAGGACGCAAUGUCUACUGCCUUGAUCGCAACGCUAAGCCCAGGAUCCUGGAAAUCGACCCGACCGAAUACCGAUUCAAACUCGCCCUCGUCAAGAGGAAUUAUGACGAAAUGCUUCACAUCAUCAAGACUUCGAGCUUGGUUGGCCAGAGCAUCAUCGCAUAUUUGCAGAAGAAAGGCUACCCCGAGAUUGCUUUGCAAUUCGUCCAGGAUCCCCAGACUCGUUUCGAACUUGCCAUCGAGUGUGGCAACCUCGAUGUUGCGAUUGAAAUGGCCAAGGAACUCGAUCGCCCCAAGCUGUGGAGCCGGCUCGCCGUCGAAGCGCUGGCUCACGGUAACCACCAGACCGUGGAGAUGACUUACCAGAAGCAGAGACUAUUUGAUAAGCUCUCCUUCUUAUAUCUCUCUACUGGUGACCAAGAAAAGCUCUCGCGGAUGGCCAAGAUUGCCGAACACCGGGGCGACUUUACAUCCCGUUUCCAGAAUGCCGUCUACCGUGGUGACAUCGAGGACAGAAUCCAAAUGUUCAAGGAAGCUGAUUUGUAUCCCCUUGCAUACGUGACCGCCAAGACACACGGUUUGAACGAAGAAGCUCAAGCUAUUCUGGAGACGUGUGGACUUACAGAGGACCAGAUUAAGCUGCCGUCCUUAGGCGAGCCUCUGCAGGUCCCGCGCCCGAUUGUUCCCACGUACAAGGCCAACUGGCCGGUAAAGGCUGCUGGCCAUUCCUCCUUCGAGAAGGCGCUGCUGGGAGAGGUGGGCGUCGUGGAUGAGGAGGGAGCCAAUGGCUACGAGGUCGAGGAAGAAGCGGAGGAGGCUGAAGUUGCCGCCCAGGAGGCACUUGAGGACGAGGAAGAAGACGCCGCUGGAUGGGACAUGGGCGACGAGAUCAAUGUCGAAGAAGACAACGAUUUUGUUAACGUCGAUAGCGUCGAGGCCGGCGCUGGCAGCUCGGAAGCCGACCUUUGGGCUCGGAAUUCUCCUCUGGCGGCCGACCAUGUGGCAGCGGGUUCUUUCGACACGGCCAUGCAACUUCUGAACCGCCAAGUGGGUGCUGUGAACUUUGCCCCACUGAAGGAGCGGUUCCUCGAGAUCUACAAAGCGUCCAGGACAUACCUCCCAGCUACGGCGGGACUGCCUCCUUUGGUGAACUACGUGCGACGAACAGUGGACGAAACGGACACCCGCAAGGUGCUGCCCGUCAUCCCUCGAGACCUCGAGACUAUUGCCAAUGUCGAUCUGCAAGAAGGCUAUGCUGCCAUGCGGGCAAACAAGCUCGAAGAUGGCGUCAAGAUCUUCAAGCGCAUUCUGCACACCUUGCUUGUCAACGUUGUAUCAUCUGAGAGUGAGGUUGAGCAAGCGAAGAAGAUCAUUGCCACGGCCAGGGAAUACAUCCUUGCCAUGUCCAUUGAGCUCUACCGUCGUUCUCUGCCAACCGACACACCGGAGAACCUGAAGAGGAGCCUUGAGCUCUCCGCGUAUUUCACCAUUCCCAAGCUUGAAGUUGCACACCGACAGCUGGCUCUGAUGGCUGCGAUGAAGUUUGCCUUUGCCAACAAGAACUACGCUUCUGCCUUGAGUUUUGCCAACCGAAUGCUGGCCAAUGGCGGCUCGGCGAAACUCCUUGAUCAGGCCAAGAAGAUCAAGGCUCAAUGUGAGCGCAACCCGCAGGACAAGAUCGAGAUCGAAUUCGACCAAUUUGCGGAAUUCGAUAUCUGCGCGGCCUCCUACACACCCAUCUACAGCGGUUCGCCGAGCGUAUCGGAUCCGUUUACGGGGGCCAAGUAUCACGAACAGUACAAGGGAUCUGUGUGCCGGAUCUCGGACGUGACGGAAAUCGGGGCACCAGCGAGCGGUCUGCGACUGUAUGUGUCUGGUCUUAGUUAG